AAUGUGGUUGCACAGUGUCGCAAAAUUUUCAUAGAUUUAUUCGCGAAACAAUGUGACAUUGUCCUAAAAUGGUCAAAAUCAACAACGACGAAGGGAGUCAUAAUUCGUGAUAACUCUUCAUCCAGCUUCAAUCACUUCGCGAGUUUUGCGUAGCUUGAUCUUUUUUUUUUCGCUAAUUUUCGGGUGGAUUUUUGACAUUUAAAGUCAACCACUGUAUAAGUACACCAGUUUGAUUUUUAUUGAACACACAAAAAAAUAAAAACUUUCAUGUUAUUCAAUUCAGAAGUGACAGUUCCUGCAUUCAUAAAUGCGAAUUACUGAUACUGAGAUUAAAUAGUUUACUCCCACGUGUGAAAUAUGCCCAGCGAUCCAUCGACCACAUCGGGAGGAAAAUCCAGUGGCAAAACAAAGAGGAUUUCCAUUCCUCGCGUACAGAGCAGCACAGAUACGGAACUGCAAUCUCAGCAGAGUCAAGCCGGAUCAACUCCUCUGCAGCCAACAGCCCUGCAUUAUGUCAGUUUUCGAUCCGACCCUGACGAUGGGGGUGUCCCGCAAUUUCUACGCUCCAGAUUACAUGAGGCGUUUCAGCAAAUAGAAAAAGAGUUUGAGAUGUUAUACACAGAAAAUGUUGGCCUUCAAGAGAAGGUAGAUGCAUUAAAUGAAAGACUGGAAAGAGAAUGUUACGGUUCUGGAGAGCGCAGUUUACCCCCUGGGGAUCUAACCGAUUACCCGGACACGAAAAAUCUCUCUAAACAAAAAUCCAUGGGUGGUGGCUCUGCCCAGAAAGUGAAGACUUCUCACAAGCUGAAGGCACAAACCAGCAAGAUUGUUUCCAGCUUUAAAAAUCCCACCAUGUCUUGUACCAUGCAGAGGGAAUACGUAGGGCACAGAGAUGGGAUCUGGGAAGUAACGGUGGGGCGGUUAGGUCAGCCAAUAAUAGCAACAGCUUCCACGGAUCAUACUGCUCGUGUUUGGGCGAUUGACAGUGGUCGUUGUCUCUUGCAAUACACAGGCCAUAAUGGAUCAGUUAAUUCCGUUAGAUUUCAUCCGAGCAGAGACCUGGCAUUAACUGCAAGUGGGGAUUGCUCUGCGCACGUUUGGCAAGCUGCGGUAAAUUGGGACCAAGCAAAAAAACUACCUUCUUCAGAGGAAAUUGCAGGCCUGAUUUCAGACAGGACGACAACGGGUGUAGGGUCUAUCGAUGAACAGGAGGAACUGCCCACUCUGAGGACACCUGUGAGGGAACUAUUGGGUCACUCAGGAGUUGUCAUAGCCGCAGAUUGGCUACCAGGGGCAGAACAACUAGUCACAGCUUCUUGGGAUAGAACUGCUAAUCUGUAUGAUACGGAAACGGGCGAAGUCAUUCAUACUCUGUGUGGACACGAUCAGGAGCUGACCCAUGUUUCAACCCAUCAUGUUCAUAGGCUCUGCGUUACGUCCAGCAAGGACAGUACUUUUCGACUAUGGGACUUCAGGGAACCUAUACAUUCAGUCUCAGUCUUCCAGGGACAUACGGAAACGGUAACAUCUGCAGUAUUUACUAGAGAAGAUAAGAUAGUAUCAAGCUCGGACGAUCGAAGUGUUAAGGUCUGGGAGCUACGCAAUAUUCGUAGCCCUUUAGCAACCAUCCGUGCAGACAGUGCUGCUAACAGAUUGGCUGUUUCGAGCAGUGGUGUAGUAGCUAUACCGCACGACAACAGACAGAUCAGACUCUUUGACCUCAGUGGACAAAGGCUGGCCAGACUUCCGAGAACGAGCAGACAGGGUCACAGACGAAUGGUUUGCUCCGUUGCUUGGGCAGAGGAUGGAGGUAUCUGCAAUUUAUUUUCGUGCGGUUUUGAUAGGCUGGUAUUAGGCUGGAGCAUACUUCCAGUUAAGGACGUUUAGUAAGGAUUUUACCUCAUAUUCAGUGGACCAUGGCAUUUAUCGCCGUAGAGUUGGCAGUAUUGGCAAAUGCUCGUUGUAUCCAUGCAAUAUUGGCAGUAACAUAUCCAUAUGCUAAUAUCCCACCAGCCAGCCCAACUAAUGAUCCGCUUCUCCCACUUUCGCAAACCACUGAAACAAGUCUCUAAUUAUUUUAUUGUACCAUGUUAUUAUGUGAUGUUAUCAACCAUAUCCUGUAGUGAAUAAAGAACUAAAUACCUCAAGAAGAA